AAGCGCUUUAGGAACGGAAGUGCCGCAUCUCCUCCAGGCAGGAUUCCCAUCCAUGAUGCUGAAGUCCUUGAGAAGCAGAGGAGGGGGCAGCCUCUUUCGACUGCUGGGGGUCACGCCCGGGCUCCAAGUUGGCAUUUUGCCCCCCAACAGGUCCUGCUCUUCCAGAGAGUGUCCUCCUUCAGCCACCAAAGCCACCGGGAUUAAGAAACGGGGCUAUGACAUCACCAGGAAUCCCCAACUCAACAAGGGUAUGGCCUUCACCCUUCAAGAGAGGCUCCAGCUGGGAAUACACGGUCUUCUUCCGCCUUGCUUCCUGAGCCAAGAUGUACAAGUUCUACGGGUCCUGAAAAGCUACGAGACCAAAUCCAAUGAUCUAGACAAAUACAUCAUCCUCAUGACGCUGCAAGACAGAAAUGAGAAACUGUUUUACCGGGUGCUCACAUCUGACAUAGAAAGAUUUAUGCCAAUAGUGUACACUCCGACUGUUGGAUUGGCUUGCCAGUUGUACGGCCUAGCCUUCAGGCGGCCGCGUGGGCUAUUCAUUACCAUUCACGACAAAGGACACAUUGCCACAAUGCUGAAUUCCUGGCCUGAAGACAACAUAAAGGCUGUUGUGGUGACGGACGGAGAAAGAAUUUUAGGCUUGGGUGAUCUAGGAAGCUACGGGAUGGGCAUCCCAGUAGGAAAACUUGCACUCUACACUGCUUGUGGUGGCGUCCACCCACAGCAGUGCCUCCCGGUUCUUCUGGAUGUUGGCACAGACAAUGAGGCGCUCCUGAAUGACCCGCUCUACAUUGGCCUCAAGCAUAAGCGAGUUCGUGGGAAACAGUACGAUGACUUGCUGGAUGAGUUUAUGCAAGCCGUCACUAACAAGUACGGAAUGAACUGUCUCAUUCAGUUUGAAGACUUUGCCAAUGCCAACGCGUUCCGGCUUCUCAACAAAUAUCGCAACCGUUAUUGUACUUUCAACGAUGACAUUCAGGGAACUGCCUCUGUUGCUAUAGCCGGAAUCUUUGCAGCCUUAAGAAUUACAAAGAACAAGCUUUCUGAUAAUACGUUCGUCUUCCAAGGGGCUGGAGAGGCUGCUUUGGGUAUUGCUCACCUCAUUGUGAUGGCACUAGCAAAAGAAGGAAUUCCCAGAGAAGAAGCUGUUAAGAAAAUCUGGAUGGUCGACUCAAAAGGACUCAUUGUCAAGGCAAUUGCAGAAGAGGUGACAGAGGAACACCUGGCUGAAGGAAGGCUCUAUCCACCUUUGAGCUCCAUUCGAGACGUGUCCUUCAAAAUUGCCGUUAAAGUGGUUGACUAUGCCUACAAACACAACUUGGCCUCCUGGUAUCCAGAACCAGAGGACAAAGAAGCAUUUGUGAAAAACCUCAUUUACAGCCCUGACUAUGACUCCUUUGUUAUCGAUAGUUACCAGUGGCCGCAGGAAGCCAUGAAGACUCAAAAUAUUUGAUGUUUCUCUUUUGAGAAGGCAGGCAAGAGAAACCUUCAAGCAGCCGUGAACCUUAAGAUGCUACGGUGUCUUGAACUUCAAGCCUGUAGGCUCUUCAGUUUACAAAGUAAAACAAGGACCAAUUAUUAUGGCACCGGCGCCCAAUGAACGAUGUGAUUACAUGAAAUUUAGAAGUUUCCCAUACUCUUGAGUCUCCUUUCCUGACCUUCUCUAAUCCGGACCUUUCCCAAUGUAUCAGAACUUCAGCUCCCAAAAUUCCGUAUCGCCAUUGGUCUCUUCCAGGCUGGAUUAGGAAUUUCUGCAGAGUUCAUAGAAAAUGCUUUUGCCAGAUGACUUCAUAUCUAUUAAGCUGGU